AUGCCGACCAUUCAUCCAUUGGCGACGCUGACGCCGUCGUGCAACGCGCGUACCUGGCUCAGCACGCCGCACCCACACCUUCCCAUCCUCGCGACAGCAUGUUCCGACAAGACGGUCCGCGUCUACUCCCUUACCUCUUUCACUCAGCAAUCCACCAUUUCCGGCGGUCAUAAGCGUAGUAUCCGCAGCUGUGCAUGGAAGCCCAACAGUCUGGGCGAAAGUGUGCUGGCCACGGGCAGUUUCGACGCGAGUGCCGGGAUUUGGAAGAGAUGGGAGGAAGGUGCGGGGAGUGGGAAGAUGGUUGACGAUGAUGAAGUCGAUUUCACCGGCGGGAUGGCGGGUGGAGGGAGAGAUGACGACAAUGACGAGGAAGACGAGUGGCGGUUGGAGGUCAUUCUGGAUGGACAUGACAGCGAGAUCAAAAGCUUGGCCUUUUGUCCUACAGCACCGCUGCUGGCGACUUGCUCAAGGGAUAAGAGUGUCUGGGUAUGGGAGGAAUUGGAUGGGGACAACUUCGAGACGGUCGCUGUGCUACAAGAUCACGAGGGGGAUGUCAAGUGUGUGGCGUGGCAUCCCGAGGAGCAGUGUUUGGCGAGUGGGAGCUACGAUGAUCGGGUGAGGCUGUGGAGGGAUGAUGGCGAUGACUGGGCGUGCUGUGCGCUGAUCGAUGGGCAUCGUGGGACCGUCUGGUGGGUGGAAUUCGAGCCGGUGGAAAGACUGGGUAUGGUCUGUGGAGGGGAGUUGUCUGAGAAGGAAGUCGCCGAGAGGAAGACCAGUGGGCCACGACUGAUGACUUGCUCUGACGACAAGACAAUCCGUAUAUGGAGGAAAAGGCCAAAGGAAAAGGCAGAGGUGCCGCCAACGGGACAGGGACGAGUGCCGAGUAUAUGGAAACGAGGGGACUUUGAGGAGGACUGGUAUCAAGAGGCCAUCCUCCCGCAGGUACACGAACGGCCCAUUUAUGCUGCAAAUUGGAGCAAGAAGACGGRGAGAGUGGUGAGCACGGGCAGUGAUGGGAAGAUUGUUGUUUAUGAGGAACGACGGAGGGAUGAUGUGGAGAUGGAUGGAGCAGCUGCAACCUCUGCCACGGAAUGGGUUGUCAUUGCAACGCAUGAAAAUGGGCACGAUGUGUUUGAGAUUAAUCAUGCCGUCUGGGCUCCUCGCGCAGACAAGGGUAAGAGGAGUGAGCACGAGGAGAUUAUCAUCAGCACUGGCGACGACGGAGAUGUCAAGGCUUGGACGUUGGAUGAUUGA